AUGGGGAAGGCCCAAACGGCACCCCAGUGGAGCAUACCGUGGAAUAGUACCAUGCUCAGGAUAGUGCUCGUCCUGCUCCUAUGUGUUCCAGCAUGCCUCUGUGCUGACCUGUUGCUGCCAGUGGACUGCUCUGACAUCCACACCCACUACCCAACCAAACCCAGCGGGGUCUACACCAUCUUCCCUGGGGGACCCGUCUCCCCACUACAGGUCUACUGUGACAUGGAGAGUGAUGGUGGGGGAUGGACGAUCUUCCAGAGAAGAAUGGAUGGGUCUGUUAACUUCUACAGUCCCUGGGAUCACUACAAGAUGGGCUUUGGCAAUAAGGACGGAGAAUACUGGCUUGGUUUGGACAACAUUGUGCUGUUGACCAUGAGGAAGAAGAACGAGUUGAGGGUGGACAUGGAGGACUGGGAUGGUAACGAGGCGUACGCCCAAUACUCCUCCUUCUCUGUGGACCCUGAGAGUCUCGGAUAUACACUGCAUGUUGGCGGCUUCAUCGAUGGCGGAGCAGGGGAUGCCUUAAUAUCUAGACAUAACAACAUAAAGUUCAGCACCUUCGACAGAGACCAGGACCCAUCUGAAUCCUUAAAUUGUGCCAAAAAGUAUCUUGGUGCUUUCUGGUACAGUAAUUGCCAUGCCACCAACCCCAAUGGAGUAUAUAGGUGGGGAGCUGACAACACCAUUUCUAAUAUUGGUGUGGAGUGGAGCACAUGGAAAGGUUAUGAUUAUUCCCUGAAGUCCAUCAGUAUGAAGAUAAGACCAAAAAAAUAA